AUGGAAGGAGCUUCCAUUAGACAAUGGGAGCUUCAAGCUACCUCUUCCUCAUCUACCACCACCACCACCUCCUCCUUCUCAAUCACCGCCGCCAAAGCCACCACCAUCUCCUUCUCCUCCCAUUCAAGUACAGCCAAAGUUGUGGCACAAAAGGGCUCCAAGAGAGUAAUAGAACCGAAAAACGAGAAUGACAAGAAGAAGAAGGCUAAGAAUGGUGACGAUGGAAAGCAACCGGUUUAUCACGGUGUACGUAUGCGGAGUUGGGGCAAAUGGGUGUCCGAAAUCCGAGAGCCGAGAAAGAAGUCAAGAAUAUGGCUUGGGACUUUCGAGACACCUGAAAUGGCAGCUCGAGCCCACGAUGUGGCUACCAUAGCAAUCAAAGGCCACUCGGCUCAUCUCAACUUCCCGGAGCUGGCUCAUGAACUACCCCGUCCGGAAUCCAAAUUGCCCAAAGAUAUUCAAGCCGCUGCAGCCAAAGCAGCAGCCCAACUCGCUACGCCGAGGAUCCAUGAAGACGAAUCUGAGCUGAUCAUGGCUCCCAUCCCCCUGGAUUCUAUUGAAACUUCUUCACAUUGCACCAUUGAGUCACCAACUUCACCUCUACAUUUUAUGGAUGAUCCAUUUUUGGACUUGAAUGAUAUCUUCAUCAACGUUAAUUGUCAAUUCGAUGAGUUCUGUAGCGAGUUGCCGUGGCAGCUGGUUGGAGCCGAGUCUGUUGAUAGUGAAUAUUGGCCUGAACAACCUUCCUUGUGGGAUUAA